GACAUUCAAACUGUUCAACUAUUAGUGGAUUGUGGAGCAGAUGUAAAUGCAUUGACUAAAAGUAGACAAAAACCACUGCACACAGCAGCUGGUGGUUACAGAGAGUGUCCUGAAUUGUGUUCUGUUCUACUAGAGCAUAAAGCUAGGAUUGAUGCAGUGGAUGAAGAUGGCAAUGAACCACUACACUUGUCAUGAAUGAUUGGCUCAAGGUUUCUGCAAUGCUCAUAGCAAAGGGAGCUAGCGUAAAUGCUACAGACGGCAAUGGAGCUACACGUCUACAGGUUGCAUUUCAGAAAGCAAAUAUUGACACAGUUGACGUGUUAGUUAAAAACGGUGCUGAUCGAAGUGCACUGAAUUCUGAUGAUGACGAAAGCAACGUCUCUGCUGGUGUCAGGAAUGUUAAGGCUACAACAACUAUGACGGAAGAAUCAACAGAAGAAAAUAUAACUGAGAUGAAACAAGUGAAGCCAAUAGCUACAUUGGAGAUAAUGGUUGGUCCUGAGUUUGGACGCUACAGUUCAGGCAGUUUGUCCAUUUUGAUUCCCGAAGGUGCUGUGAGCGAACCAGUCAACCUUAACAUGCAUAUGUAUGUUGACGAAAGACUAAUACCACCUUCUGCCUCAGUCAAUGAUGGAUACAUUUUGAGUCCGUUUUAUGCCUUUGAACCUCGUGGAUUAACAUUUCUCAAACAUGUCCAAGUAUACUUUGCCCCACCGAUUGAUUCGAAAGGAUGGCAUUUGUCACUCAUGAGAGCUAUGUGCAAUACUUCUACGUCGUCUCAAUCGUGGCAGCCGAAAGCCAUAGUGACAAUCAAUUCUGAUUUGGACGAAGUGAAUGUUGAUGGCGUAGACUGUGAGUAUGACCUUGCCAGUGGUACAUUGAAUGUAAAUCACUUGUGUUGGCAUUGGUGGUUCGGAAAGCCUGUUGACAUGUUUAUGGCUUCGAAAACAAUGCGUUUUUCUGUGUUUGGUUAUCAAGAGAGACCAUUAUUUAAUAUUUGGAAUCUCACUAUUCAGUGCCAUGACAGUUGCCGUGAAGUUAUUGAGGUGUGUUGAUAAAUGAUGUUAUGAGUUGAUAUCCCAGUUGAUUAUAACAUUGUGAAAUUUCCUUGUGGUGGUACGAUAUGAAACGUGAUGAAAGUAGUGCGUCACCAGAGCGUCAUGUCCUAUGUUUGAAUCGAGAAAUGAAAAUAGACUCUAGAGACGACAUUGAAUUUAGCAUUACAGAUGGUGAUAGGGAAGCUACUUCACAGCCACCGACUGUAGCUGCUGCUAAAUUCUGGGACAACUGGAAAUGUCUAGACGUGAAAUAUGACGUACUGUGGAGUUCAAGCAUGGUGAUGCCCAUCCCUCAAACAGAUGCAUGGUAGAUAUUAAGCCGGUCAAUGAAACACUUCGUCUAAAAGUUACUCCUCGUCUUGUUCAGGACAUUCAGGAUGGCAGAGAGCGUGAUGCACCAAUAGAACCACAACAACCACUAACAGUUAGAGCAAAGGGCAAAUGUACAGCCGAUGAUGUUGUGAACGUAGCUGAAAAAAUGUGACAUUGUUGGAGAAGGCUUGUGUUGAAAUCAUCAGCUGACUUUUUCAUAGACAAGACAGGAGUGAUAGAAAGAGAAAACAAUGAUUGUUUUAUGCAAACUGUAACAGCAUUGAAAAUGUGGAUUGAUGAAUAUGGUGACAAAGCAAGUCGGACGGCAAUAAUCAGUGCAAUGUGCAGCAUUGAUGCUAGACGCCAGGCUGAGACUGUAUUUGAUAACAGUUUGGUAGAGCAUGUCUGCCGACGUCAAUAAUUGUGUUUUGUGCACUGAACAGGCACCAAGAAGAAUACUUAGCAAUGACACAGUACCGAUUGAAAUACAAUAAAUGAUUACAUUUUGUAAAUUUCGAUGUACAUGUGCAUCCACUAUUAAAAC